AUGAUGAAAACUGACAGAAAACAGAAAACAAUGCUUAUUAAGUCACGUGUAGCUCAAACAUAUUCCGAAACUAAUGUUCCUGAAUAUAAUUGUAGCAAUUCAAGAGCUAUUAAAUUUAAGGUUCAUUUUUAUUUAGAUAAGACUACAAUAUUAAAAAAUAUAGAAUUGAAUUUUGGUAAAAACCAAUGUACAUUAGAAAAUUGCAAUUAUAUUAACGUGGUUCCUAACUGGUAUAAACAUGAAUUUGAGGAAUUAAAUUUGAAUACAAAUCCAAACACAUUGUUCUUGUUUCUUGUAUUUUUUUCUUUGAUUUAUAAAACUACUAUUAAACCUAUGUGGAUUACAUUACCAUCUACUGCUAAUAAGAUAAACAUUCAAGAAAUUUGCGAAAAAAGAGAACAUGUAUCAAGUAAAUGCAAAUUAAGUUCCUCCAAUGUCAAAUUCUUGUGA